AUGGUUGAAAAGAAGAAUCACCAGCGCCCGCCGUUCCGCGCGGAGCACCUCGGCUCCCUUCUGCGGCCACAGAAGCUCGUCGACAAGCGGGUUGCCCUAGACGGCCAGAAGGCCGUCGUCAUUGCCAAUGACAAGGAGCUUCAUGCCAUCGAGGACGAAGCCAUCAACGAGAUUGUGAAGCUACAGCUAGACCUGGGCUUCCAUGCGGUCAACGACGGGGAGUAUCGGCGCCACCAAUUCUGGGGCACCUUCUUUCCGGCCCUCGAGGGCAUGGAGGAGAUUGAGGACCCGCCCUUGGACAUGUUCAGGCUUUACGUGCCUGAUCUGGCUGCCUUCACGGAGGCCGGCCACAAGCCUGGCGAGUCUAUCGUCUGUGUGGGCAAGAUCAAGCAUGUCGGGAGCACUUAUGUGGAUCAGUGGAACUAUCUCAAGAAGCUGCUCCCGGCAGACUACGUCAAGGAGGCCAAACUUACCCUGCCGGCGCCCGAGUGGUAUCAUCUCAGAUACCAGACGGGAAGGGCCUAUCCCAAGGAUGUAUACGCCAACGAUGAAGAGUACUUCGCAGACAUUGCCAAGGCGUACCACGCCGAGCUGCAGGUCCUCUAUGAUGCUGGCUGCCGCAAUGUGACCAUCGAUGACCCCAACCUUGCUUAUUUCUGCUCAGAGAAGAUGCUCCAGGGCUUCAAGGACGCCGGCGAGGAUUCGGAUGCACUUCUAAACAGCUAUAUCAAGCUGUACAACGACUGCAUCUCAUCGCGUCCGGAUGACAUGCACCUUGGGAUCCAUCUGUGCCGUGGUAAUUUUGCCUACAGCCGACACUUCAGUGAGGGCGGCUAUGACCGGAUCGCGACCAAGCUUUUCAGCGAGAUCAACGCGGACACGUAUUUCCUCGAGUACGACACGGAGCGUGCCGGUGGUUUCGAGCCUCUCCAGGAGCUGCCACCCUACAAGAACGUGGUCCUCGGGGUCAUCACGUCCAAGUUUCCCGAACUGGAAGACCUCGAGAAGAUGCGCGAGAAGGUCUAUCAGGCGGCGGACUUCGUGGCCAAGGGAGCAGGCCAAACUAGGGAGGAGGCGCUGAAGAGGAUUGGUGUGAGCCCACAGUGUGGUUUUGCCAGCCAUCACCUGGGGAACAGUGUGACGAGAGAUGAUAUGAUCGCCAAGUUGAAACUGGUGAGGGACCUGGCCGACUCUAUCUGGCCUGGUGAGCCUUGAGGCCGACUAGAUCUGGGGCUUGACCGCAUCAGCUUCCAAAGUAUGGUGGCAUGGAAGAUUUGUCCAUUUGAAAACAUAUGUUGGGAACCGUAGGAUUCUUAACGACUCGCAUCGCAGUACAAAAUCGAACAGAGAUCGUCUUCU